AAAACUUCCCCCUCCCUGAUCUGGUGUCUGAGACUAGCACUGGUGUGGAAACUACAGCCAAUAGUAGCACUUCCCUGAGAUCUACCACUCCCGAGAAAGAAGUUCCUGUGAUCUUCAUCCAUCCUUUAAACACUGGCUUAUUCAGGAUAAAACUACAAGGAGCAACUGGGAAAUUCAAUAUGGUUAUCCCGUUGGUGGACGGAAUGAUAGUCAGUAGGAGAGCUCUCGGUUUUUUAGUGAGGCAGACGGUAAUAAAUAUCUGUCGGAGAAAGAGGCUGGAGAGUGAUUCAUACAACCCCCCACAUGUCCGCCGAAAACAGAAGAUAGCAGACAUUGUCAACAAAUACCGGAACAGGCAGCUGGAGCCAGAAUUUUAUACCUCACUUUUCCAGGAGGUUGGGCUCAAGAACUGCAACCCCUAGGUCGUUAUCCUUCCAGGACAAUUAGAUCAGAGCUUGGUGGCUACAGUAAUGAAAACGGUUAAAUAACAACAACAAAUUUCCUCAGCCCUCUGGAAUUCAGGAAAUUAUAUUCUAGCACAAGUCAGCAGAUACCAUGUGGGAGGAAUGAGAAACGAAUCCAAAACAUUGCAGUUGGGAUAUUGACUUAAUUCACCUUCCCUCAAAAGAUUACUUAUUUCCAGUCUCCCUGGAUGCUAGCAACAUAAUCUCUUCACCC